UGGUCGCUAUAGUUACAGAAAACAACCAGCGGCUGCCUCAGGUAAAAUAGUUACUCCCUUUCAGAGGCUGUAGGUAAAGCUAUCGCUUCCACUCCCCCAGUUCUUUUCUUCCAGGAUUCUGAGCUCUUUCCCUUCAGCUAAGGCCAGAUUGAAAUUGAUCUCAGCCCAGCUGUGCCCAAGAUCCCGCUUCAUCCAGAGCUGGAUCCAGUCCCAUCUCCUUCCUCUAUCCUAUCCCCAAGUCGAUGGCAGCUGUUCAGCCUGAGAUUGUCAAAGAAAACCAGAGAGACUUUGACCAAAUGUGAACAUGGACCAGACGUCAAGCACAACGAGAACGGUGCACAUUACUGUGACAAAUGGAUAUGAUUUGAAAGGCUUCAAAGGAGACACCCCAGUUACUUUUGUCCGUGCAGAAUUCAACCAGGCAGUUCUUGGAGACUCUUUAAAAAUCACUGUCUCUCCAGAAGGAACUGCGAAGUACAACUUUACUAGCAACAUUGACCUCAACCCGGAAGGAGGAAUUACUUUAGAUGACCUCGCCCACAAACCUUUGUUCCUAACAGUGACUGAAGUUCUACCAAAGGAAAAGAAGCAAAAAGAUGAGAAGACCUUAACUCUUGGCCAAGCCGUGGUGGAUCUUCUUCCUUUACUAGAAGGAGAGGAGUCAUUUGAAACGACGGUCCCAUUACACCCUGUGCCUGGGUCACCCUUGGAAACUCCUUUGACUAAGCAAUGCAGUCUUGAUGUGAAGGUAUUUGUGGCAGAACCCUUGCUGACCCCAGCCCAGGUCUCAGCGAGCAAUCUACUGAAGGUCACGCUGGAGGCGGCCUACUCUGUGCCCGAGGCAUUCAUGCCAGUAGGGCCUCAGCAGAACUACAUGGUUGGUCUGCAGGUUCCGUCGGUCGGAGAGAAGGACUACUCUAUGAUAUUCAAGAAUGGGAAUCUGAAGCUUGGAGGGGAAAAAGAACCUGUUCCCCGGCCUAAAAAGUGGCCCAUUGCUAACAUUCUCGCUCCAGGAGCUAAUAACAUUCCUGACGAAUUCAUUGUGGGGGGUCCCUAUGAGGAAGAAGAAGGAGAGCUCAACCACCCUGAGGACAGGGAAUUUAGGAACCAAGCUGAAUCCACGAAGAAGAGGAUUGUCUGGGACUUGGAAAGUCGCUGCUUCCUCCAUCCUACUGCUGUGGCAAGUUUACAGAAGCGAAUUGCUGACUGCCGACUCUGGCCAGUGGAGAUCACAAGAGUGCCUUUGAUCGUUCUGCCGAAAGCCAAACCAGGCAAACUUGAGAAGAUCGAUGAUGAAAACCAGCUUUCCUUUCAUGGUGUGGCUUACGUCAACAUGGUCCCACUCCUGUAUCCAGGAGUGAAGAGGAUAAGAGGGGCUUUUCAUGUGUACCCCUACCUGGAUGGGACAGUCUUUGAAAAGACCAAGUGCUUGUUCAGCUUAUUCAGGGACACUGGGCACCAUUUGGUCCACAAUAACAAAGCAGGAGGACUUAACUCUCCACUGUCCAAACCUGUCUCCAAGAAUCUGAAAGAAGAGAAACCAGGGAAAGACAAGGACAUAGAAGGACGACCUCGGCUAGGAGAGUUGCAAGCGCCUAGUAUAAAAUCACAGAGCUCAGACACACCAUUGGAAAGUGAAGCCCCCCUGAGCCACAACCUUGAAGGACAGCAAUAUAUGGAAGCGGGGACGUACAUCGUCUUGGAGAUCCAGCUGGACAAAGCCCUGGUUCCUAAGCGGAUGCCAGAGGAACUGGCCAGCAGGGUCAAGGAAAUGAUACCCCCAAGACCACCUCUCACCCGCCGGACAGGGGGAGCUCAGAAGGCGGUGAGUGACUACCACACACAGAUCAAGAGCAUUUCUAGAGCCAUUCUGAGUGAAUACCACCGCAUGUUUGGGAAGCAGGGGCAUAAACAGGGGAGUGACAUAGACAACGAGACCAUGGAGGAGCAGAAGUGCCAGCUCAACUAUGAGCUCAAUUGCUCUGGAAAGUACUUUGCUUUCAAAGAACAGCUCAAGCAUGCUGUGGUAAAGAUUGUGAGAGAGAAAUACUUGAAGACAACAGCAUUCGAAAGCCAGGAGGAGCUGCAGACAUUUAUCAGUGAGCUGUAUGUGUUCUUGGUAGAUCAAAUGCAUGUGGCCCUGAACCAGGCCAUCCCGGAUGAUGUCCCAAGCACUAGCUCAACGAUUCAGACAAGCAUCGAUCAGCUUCGACUCUUUGCCUUUGAGGCAGAAGUCAACGAGAACUUUGAAAUGGCAGCAAUGUAUUAUGAAGAGAGGUUGGUUCGUGAGCCCCAGAACCUGGAAAACUGGCUGGACUAUGGUGCUUUCUGCCUCCUCACUGAAGACAACAUCAAAGCGCAGGAGUGUUUCCGGAAAGCCCUUUCUCUGAAUGAGAGUCAUAUUCACAGCUUGUUGCUGUGUGGUGUUCUGGCUGUCUUGCUGGAGAACUAUGAGCAAGCAGAAAUCUUCUUUGAGGAUGCUACAUGCUUGGAACCUACCAAUGUUAUUGCCUGGACUUUACUCGGAUUGUUCUAUGAGAUUCAGAAUAAUGAUAUUCGAAUGGAAAUGGCGUUUCAUGAGGCCUUCAAACAGCUUCAGGCACGAACCCUCCAAACAAAGAUAAAGAACAGUGCAACCGAAGAGAACAUUGAAGAAGGAGUUAAAGUAGAGCCCAGUUUUGGCCCUUGGGGAGUCAUACAGGAAUCCUCCACAGCCAUCAAAUCAGAGGGCCUAUCAGGGAUUAGACCCCAGAGCUCACAAUUGCUGAGUCCUCGCCCCACCGUGGAUCUGCAUCCUCAACCCCAAGGACCAAACACUGCUUUAUCCAGUCUAGACGAGUUUUUGGAAGAAACGUCUAAGGCACAAUCUGAAUCACAAGAGCCAAUAACCUCUGUACAGCCUCUGGAGUCUUCCCUUACUCAGAAGUCAUCCAACACUUUAUUAAAGGAGCUGACAUCAAAGAAAGAAACAUCGAAAUGCCAAGAUUCAUCAGCCUUUUUCUCUCCUACCCACCAUGUUACUCCCCAACCUCCUGUGACUAUCUUCAUGGAAACCAUUCGCUUCUUGAUGAAGGUCAACGCUGUACAGUUUGUACACAGAGUGCUGGCACAUGAGCUGCUAUGCCCCCAAGGAGGACCCAGUUGUGAGUAUUAUCUGGUUCUGGCCCAGACACACCUUCUCAAGAAGGACUUUGCCAAGACAGAGGAGUACCUGCAACAAGCAGCACAGAUGGACUACCUGAACCCCAAUGUCUGGGGUGUAAAGGGCCAUCUCUACUUCCUGAGCGGAAACCAUGCCGAGGCCAAGGAAUGCUACGAGAGAACUAUCAGCUUUGUAGUUGAUGCUUCUGAGAUGCACUUCAUCUUCCUACGCCUGGGACACAUCUAUAUGGAAGAGAAAGAGUAUGAAAACGCAAAGAGAACGUACAUGCAAGCCUGUAAGAGAUCGCCUUCGUGCCUCACUUGGCUAGGACUAGGAAUUGCCUGUUACCGGCUGGAGGAGCUCACUGAAGCUGAGGAUGCUCUGUCUGAAGCCAAUGCAUUGAAUAAUUGCAACGCUGAAGUGUGGGCCUACCUGGCUCUGGUCUGCCUGAAAGUUGGACGACAAUUGGAAGCAGAGCAGUCCUAUAAGUACACAAUAAAGCUGAAACUGAAAGACCAGGCUCUGCUUGAAGAAAUCCACACUGUACAGGAAAUGGUUGGCUUUGGAAAUCCAUCUUUCUGAAAGCCUUACAAGUGGCUGUCUAAUAUGGAACCCCAAGCAUGUUUCCUUCCCAAAUUGUCACCAGAUGAAACCUGCCCAUUCCCCCCACCCUUUUAGUUGUUGGCUGUUAGAGCACAUUAAAAAAAAGACAAAAACAAAAAGUCAAAA